GUGCAUGGCGGGACGGGAGGCGCGGUUGGGGGGGGGUUGAUGAGCGCAUGCGCCGGCCGCCAUCUUCCUCUCGUGUGUGGGCACGCAAGCAGGCAGCAUGGGCCACCAGCAGCUCUACUGGAGCCACCCCAGGAAAUUCGGCCAGGGCUCCCGCUCCUGCCGCGUGUGCUCCAACCGCCACGGCCUCAUCCGCAAGUACGGCCUGAACAUGUGCCGGCAGUGCUUCCGCCAGUACGCCAAGGAUAUCGGGUUCAUCAAGCUGGACUGAGUGUCGGGAGGGUGAGGCUGUCACCAGAAGCUCCCAGGGCUUCCCUCACACGUCGAUGGCAUCUCGGCACAGCUAUGGUCAAUAAAUAAUCUCCCUGCCCAA